AUGCGAUUCAAUAUCUCGUUCCUUCUUGCUCUCAUCGUCCCGGCUUUGGCCUCUGACUGGACAAUGUGGAGCUACAGUGCUUACGAAAACAACUGGUGUGCGGGCGAAGAGCGCUUCACGGUUGGAAACUAUCCGAAAGAGUCACAUUGUUACCCAGUGGAGGAGGGGUUCGGCGUGGCGAUCGCAGGGGAGUUUGAGGAUACUGCACGUCUCACAGCUUAUACAGGGGAAUACUGCACUGGCGAAGUUUUUGAUGCCAUUCCACCUAGGAAGUGCUUUGCUGCUGGGAACGGAGUGCCGAUUCGGUCUUACUCUAUCUCACGCUAG